AUGGUCCAGAUAGUAGACGACGUCGAGCGUGGCCCCGGGGCAGUGAUCCCCGGAGCCGGGGAGGAGGACGACGACGAGGCUUCACCAAUCGAGGAGGUCCGCAUGACCGUGCCGGCCACCGACGACCCGACGCUGCCGGUGUGGACAUUCAGGAUGUGGACUCUAGGGCUCCUCUCCUGCGUGCUCAUGAGCUUCCUCAACCAGUUCUUCUCCUACCGCACCGAGCCCAUCAUCGUGACCCAGGUCACCGUGCAGGUGGCCUCGCUCCCGCUAGGCCACUUCCUCGCGCGCGUGCUUCCCACCCGCAAGUUCAAGGCCCCCGCGCUCCUCGGCGGCGGGGAGUGGAGCCUCAACCCGGGCCCCUUCAACAUGAAGGAGCACGUGCUCAUCUCCAUCUUCGCCAACGCCGGCUGCGCCUUCGGCAACGGCUCCGCCUACGCCGUCAUGAUCGUCGACAUCAUCCGCGCCUUCUACCGCCGCUCCAUCUCCUUCUUCGCCGCGUGGCUGCUCAUCACCACCACGCAGGUGCUCGGGUACGGCUGGGCGGGGCUCAUGCGCAAGUACGUCGUCGAGCCGGCGCACAUGUGGUGGCCGGGCACCCUCGUGCAGGUGUCCCUGUUCCGGGCGCUGCACGAGAAAGAGGACGACCAGCGGGUGGCCGAGGGCGGCGGCCCGCGCAGGACGUCGCGGGCCAAGUUCUUCCUGGUUGCGCUGGCCUGCAGCUUCCUGUGGUACGCCGUGCCGGGCUACCUGUUCCCGACGCUGACCUCCGUGUCCUGGGUCUGCUGGAUCUUCUCCAAAUCGGUCACGGCGCAGCAGCUGGGGUCCGGCAUGAGGGGCCUCGGCCUCGGCGCCUUCACACUCGACUGGACGGCCGUGUCGUCGUUCCUCUUCAGCCCGCUGGUGUCGCCCUUCUUCGCCACCGCCAACAUCCUGGCCGGGUUCGUGCUCUUCAUGUACGUGAUCGUGCCGGCGGCCUACUGGGGCCUCGACCUGUACAACGCCCGGAGGUUCCCCAUCUUCUCGUCGCACCUCUUCAUGUUCAACGGGACGGGCUACGACAUCAACGCGAUCGUGAACGACCGGUUCGAGAUCGACAUGGACGCGUACCAGCAGCGCGGGCGGAUCAACAUGAGCACCCUCUUCGCGCUAACGUACGGGCUCAGCUUCGCGGCGAUCGCGGCGACCGUCACGCACGUCGCGCUAUUCCACAGCAAGGAGAUCUACCGCCGCUUCCGCGCGUCGCAGAAGGACAAGCCCGACAUCCACACGAGGCUGAUGAAGAAGAACUACGAGGACGCGCCGGGCUGGUGGUUCUACUCGCUGCUCGUGCUGUCCGUGGCCGUCUCGCUCAUCCUCUGCACCGUCCUCAAGGAGGAGGUGCAGCUUCCCUGGUGGGGCCUGCUCUUCGCCUGCGCCAUGGCCUUCGUGUUCACGCUGCCAGUCAGCAUCAUCACGGCGACGACGAACCAGACGCCGGGGCUCAACGUCCUGUCAGAGUACGUCAUCGGGCUGAUACUCCCCGGCAAGCCCAUCGCCAAUGUCUGCUUCAAGGUGUACGGCUACAUGAGCAUGUCGCAGGCCGUGUCAUUCCUCCAGGACUUCAAACUCGGGCACUACAUGAAGAUACCCCCCAAGUCCAUGUUCCUGGUCCAGUUCGUGGGGACGAUCGUGGCCGGCACGGUGAACCUCGCGGUGGCGUACUGGCUGCUGGGCUCCAUCCCCAACAUCUGCCAGGACGCGCUCCUCCCCGCGGACAGCCCGUGGACGUGCCCGAGCGACCGCGUCUUCUUCGACUCGUCCGUGAUCUGGGGCCUCGUCGGCCCCCGCCGCAUCUUCGGGGCGCUGGGCAACUACGGCGCGCUCAACUGGUCCUUCCUCGUCGGCGCCGCGGGCCCCGCCAUCGUGUACGGGCUCCACAAGGCGUUCCCGGGGCAGCGCUGGAUACGGAUGAUCAACCUGCCGGUACUCAUGGGCGCGACGGCCAGCAUGCCGCCGGCGACCGCCGUCAACUACAACUCAUGGCUGCUGAUCGGCAUCGCCUUCAACUUCUUCGUGUUCCGGUACCGGAAGAAGUGGUGGGAGCGAUACAACUACAUCCUCUCGGCGGCGCUGGACGCGGGCGUGGCGUUCAUGGGGGUGCUGCUCUACUUCACGCUGUCGAUGGAGAACCGGAACAUCAGCUGGUGGGGGACGGCCGGGGAGCACUGCCUGCUGGCGUCGUGCCCCACGGCGAGAGGGGUGGAUCUGGGCGCUGAGAGUGUCUGCCCCGUUGUCCUCUAA